AAACCACGCCCAACUCAACAAGAUCAGCUUUGCCCGCUGCAUGGAUUGAUUGACAAACCCAAAAUGGGUCGCCGCCGUGCGGCGGCGAAGCCACCGGCGAAGGCCCGACAGAAGCUGGACACCAUGUUCAAUUGCUUAUUCUGUUCGAGUCUCAAGGCCGUGGAGGUGAAGAUGGUUCGUCUGGAGAAGAUCGGCUUCUUGUCCUUUCAGCGUCUGCAGCGUCUGAUGGGGGGCUCGUCCUGUGACGACUGUUCAGAACCUGGCUUGUAGCUGUGUCCCAUGGUGUCAAUCUAGAGAGCAACGGAAGAUGCAUGAUCGACAAAGUUCUCCCACUAAUCUUCAUGGGCGCCUGGAGGUCAUCAUGAGGUUAUCAGAUCUUGUUUUCGGCUGGAAAAGACCUACUUCGGCGCUCCAGGCUCCGCGCCCACCCUCCAUUUCUUUCCGGAGGGGGCUCUCUCCGAAUCGAUGGUUAUCGACGAGUGACGCAGGACGCGCCCUAAGCCGUGUGCCUUGCCAGGAAGUGCCGCGUGUGCAACGCCAACUUCUCGUCCGGCAUCACUUACCUCAGUGAGGCCGUUGAUGUCUACAGUGAUUGGGUGGACAAGUGCGCGGAGGUGAACUACGAGCUGUCGGAGGAGCCGGGCGGCAAAAGGGAGGAGCCGGCCGAGGAGCCAGCAGCAAAUUUAGGAGCCACCUAGCCACCUCUUUGCGGCCUGUGGGAUGGACCUCAAAGAAGAGCAGACAGCCUUUGUGCUGGGUUGAAGGAUGAUCCUUACCAGUGAGGGACCUUGCAGGAAAGGAAGGCCCUUUCAUUCAGCUUCCUCGUGUAGCUGGAUGGGCAAGACAAGAGCUACUAACAGUACAGGGUUCGACA